AUGGUCGUUACUAGCCAAAGUUUAUAUUUAAACAUUAAUAUGGAUAUUUACAAACGUGUACAAUCCGCUUAUCCCUCUCGUAAAUCGCAACCAUCAUCUGUAGGUUUUGACUCAAAGUCAGAAAAAGUCAAACAACGUCCUGUCACCGGUGGUAUUAGUCGUACACAACGACUCGAUACACAAAAUGGUCCGUAUAAAACGCUAUUUGAUAAUGAAGCAUUGAAUAAAACGCUGUUUGAUAAAGAAGCAUUGAAAACAUUACAAUUGCCAUAUGUAAUAAAUCGUCGACCAAAAACGGGCAGUACAACAUCAUCACGAGCAACUACAACUACAUCAACUAAUCGUAAAUUACGAACAGAUGAGAUAGAACAUUUACUAAAAAGUCUUGAUCGAGAUGAUUCUUACAUUGUUAAAGUUGAAUGUUUAGCAAAUUAUCGAACGCUAUGUCAAACGAUCGAUUUACGAAAAACUCCUCUUGAUUGUCAAUUGUUGUAUGCAUUACAAAAACGCGAAAAUAAAAUCGUUCAAUAUAAUGCGUGUCGCGAUACGCGAUUUAUUUCAUUAAUAGAUUCUCUACAACCAUCUAAAUAUAUUGUGAAUACUGAAAUUCAAUCGGCUUAA